UCCGCGCGCCGGGGACCCGCAGAGCCGCGGAGGCUGGAGUUCGGAGCGAGCCGGGCCCGCCGGGAGCGGGAGGGAAGCGGAGGCCCCCGGUGAGCGCGCCGCGAGCGCUCCGGGGCGGCGCGGGCCAGGUCGGGAGCUGCCCGGCUGGACGGCGCGCCCGCUCGCAGUCUUGCGCGCUCCCCGCCGCUCCCCGCAGCUCCCUCCGCUAAGGUCCCCGCCGGCGCCGCGCCCACCAUGCGCCUCAACGGCUCGGCGCCCGGUCCCCAGGGCGCGCCGGGCGCCAAACCCUUCCCGCUGCCGCCCUCCGGGCUGGAGGCGGCGCUCCUAGUCCCCGGCUUCGGCAACAGCACUGGCAACGAGUCCGAGCGCUUGCGAGCCGCGCCCAGCAGCGACCUGGACGUGAACACCGACAUCUACUCCAAGGUGCUGGUGACAGCCGUGUACCUGGCGCUCUUCGCGGUGGGCACGGUGGGCAACUCGGUGACGGCGUUCGCGCUGGGCCGCAAGAAGUCGCUGCAGAGCCUGCAGAGCACCGUGCAUUACCACCUGGGGAGUCUGGCGCUGUCGGACCUGCUCAUCCUGCUGCUGGCCAUGCCCGUGGAGCUGUACAACUUCAUCUGGGUGCACCACCCCUGGGCCUUCGGCGACGCCGGCUGCCGCGGCUACUACUUCCUGCGUGAUGCCUGCACCUAUGCCACGGCCCUCAACGUGGCCAGCCUCAGUGUGGAGCGCUACCUGGCCAUCUGCCACCCCUUCAGGGCCAAGACCCUCAUGUCUCGCAGCCGCACCAAGAAGUUUAUCGGCGCCAUCUGGCUCGCCUCGGGCCUGCUGGCCGUGCCCAUGCCCUUCACCAUGGGCCAGCAGAACCGCAGCGCUGACGGCCAACACCCCGGCGGCCUGGUGUGCACGCCCGUCGUGGGCACCGCCAUGAUCAAGGUCGUCAUCCAGAUUAAUACCUUCAUGUCCUUUGUGUUCCCCAUGGUGGUCAUCUCCAUCCUGAACACCAUCAUCGCCAACAAGCUGACCGUCAUGGUCCGCCAGGCCGCUGAGCAGGGCCAGGUGUGCACGGUUGGGGACCAGCACAGCUCAUUCAGCAUGUCCAUCGAGCCUGGCAGGAUCCAAGCCCUGCAGCAUGGCGUCCGAGUCUUACGGGCCGUGGUCAUCGCCUUCGUGGUCUGCUGGCUGCCCUACCACGUGCGGCGGCUCAUGUUCUGCUACAUUUCCGAGAAGCAGUGGACCCCGUUCCUCUACGACGUCUACCACUACUUAUACAUGCUGACCAACGCACUCUUCUACGCCAGCUCUGCUGUCAACCCCAUCCUCUACAACCUGGUCUCUGCCAGCUUCCGCCAGGCCUUUCUGUCCACACUGGCCUGCCUCUGCCCACUGUGGGGACGCAGGAGGAAGAGGCUGGCCUUCUCGAGGAAGACCAACAGCGUGUCCAGCAACCACACCUUCUCCAGUAACGCCACUCGGGAGACGCUCUAUUAGAGCCGGGGUGGGGUCCAAGGAGGGGGGCAGGAGGGCCAGAGGGGGUGGCCACUCGGCCUCCACGCCCCCCACCCCCAGAGCUGGAAUGGGGCUCAGCGGAGGCCUAGGACCUGGCGCCCACCCCCAGAGGCCCCAUCUCUUUCAGCGUCUCCAUCAGCACCCCCCAACCCUUCCCUCCACGCCUCUUUGAAAACCGGGAGAGAUCGCUCCUCUCCCAGAUCCAGAAAGGGCCUCUAAUCAAAAGAAAUUAGUGGUGGCUGAGAGGCAGACUUCUUUGUUCCCACACCACUGGGUGUUAGAACAGAAAUGAAAGGCACAGGCCAGGCUGGGCGGGCACGGGGAGGCAGCGGCCCCGAGAGGCCGGGGCGCUGGGAGGAGUCUGGCUGGUGCGACUGCCACUGUCCUCCGCAAGGAGAGGGGCGCGACCCUCCUCUGGGACGGCAGGGGUCCGGACCCCCACCUCUCCAAGGGCGAUUCCCAGGAAGCUUUGGUGUGCCCCGAAGGACAGCACGGGGAUCCCGUGGGUCAGGCACUGGCCAGACCCAGGCCUUCCCCUCCUCCCUACUAAGAUGGCCAGGCUCUACCUGGACGCCCACUGGGAGCUGGCCUGGAUGUCUGCUUGGCUUGGCGGGGGCGAGGUCAGGUCGGCGGAGUCUUGCCUCCUCGCACCUGCCGUGCAUCCCCAGCCAGGCCGGGGACGUCCCUGUGUGGCCCCGCUGCGUGGGUGAGCUUCCUGAGGGGAAGGGCGGGCUUCCUGAAGAGCAGAGGCCAUGGCCAGGUCCCAGAGAGAGGCCAUUGGUGGGGACGAGGCCACAGGUGAGGGGGAGGGGCCGUGGGUCCGGGCAGCUCCCCGGGGCCAGCAGCCAGGCCAAGGCCCAGCAUCCCAGCAUCGUUUGACAUGGCCCCAGGCCACAGGCCGCAGCCCCAGCCCCAGGCACCCGGGAAGGCAAGCAACUCCUUGAUCUGUAAGAGCCGGUCUUGCCAGACAGGAUGGCCUCCUGGCCUUGCCCUAGAAGGUCCCCUGAGCCAGGGGGAGACAGAUCCCGGAUGAGCUGCCCAGAAUAAGCUGACCGGGAGCAGCGAGAGGUCUGGAAAAUGAAAUGCAGGCUUUUUUUAAGUAGGUCCUCACUGUCCUGAAGGGGGACUGUCAGGCAGACGGCUGUAAGCCUCCCUGACUCAGGACACAGGAGGCCUGGUCUGAGCCCCGGGGCACCAGGACUUGAUCCCCCACCCAAAAAAUGACAAGCUGGCAAGUCUCCACGGUGGCUUUGGAUCUGGGCCCCCGACUUGAACCCUACAGGAUCCUUUUCCAAGCCACAGAACUUUUCCGGGCAGUCGGCCCAGUGCCAGUCCUUGGCCAGGGAACCAUCUCACAACCCAGGGGCCACCCGCAAGGGGAAGUGGGCCAGCCCAGACCUCACGCACGGGCACCUGCUCUGGGCAGGCGAGGGGGCCACUGGGCCCCGACGGGCAGGCAGCGAGCGGCAAAGGCUGAGGCGAGGCCCAGGCAGUGGGCAUUUGAGCAAGAGCCUGGACUCCUUCUGAGAGACCCUCAGACCCCCUCCCUGACCCAGUGUUUGGCACCUUGGGCACACCUGCUACUCAGAGCCUCGGUUCUGCCCCCAACAAGUGCAUGUGGCCGUUCGGCCCUCUUGCGAGGCUGACAGUGUGGGUCCUGGAGGACGCCGCCCGGAAUGGACGGAAGAGACAGUUCCCCAAGCUGGGGGCAGAGUUGACGUGGGAUGGGGAGCUCCCGCCAGCCCAGACCCGCCUAGACGCAGCUGGGACAGGGUCUGUGCUGUGGCCCCAAGCCCAUUUUACUGUUAUGGUCCCCACGUUCCCAUGUGUGUGCCCCGUGCAGCCCUGUGGCGUCAGCGGUUGGCUGCGUCACGCUGUAGCCACCCCCCCAGCCAGACUCAGCGGCCAGCGUGGCUGGUCACUAGUGAUGCUGAAAGCCCUUCGUGUCGCUCACACACGCGCGUCCCCAGCCCUCACCACCACAUCCAGCCAUCUGCAAGAACAAAGCCCUGAGUCUCUUCGUAAGGGAGACGGUGACCCCCGCGGUUGGCGUCUUCUGUUGGGGCUGGGGGACCUGCAGGCGCCCGGACGUUCACUCACUCAUUUACUCAGUGGGCACUUACGGGCAUAGCAGACAGCCCUGCCUGGGCCCUGGGACCAAAACCACACAGGCUUUGGCCAUGUCUCCCAAAGGCUGGGGGGACUGGGGACCCUGAUUCCUCUGCUCUGGUCCUUCCCCCACCGUAGCGUCGAGAAGCAGAGGAGAGGAAGGAAUGUGUGCAGAAGAAAACCCCAUACACCAUGGGGUCCCCUCGAGGCCUGACAUCAGGGAGACCCGAGUCCAUGCUGGCUGUGUGCCCAGCACCUUGCCUGCCCUGAGCCCGUUUCCUGCCCUGCGGGCCGGGCACAAAGGAGGCCCCCUGACAGGCAUGCAGGGUCCUACAAGUGAUGCACUCGGCCCUCCAGCCCAGAAAACAGGGAAGCAAGUCAGCUUCCCCCCGGGACUCAGUGGUGGGGGGAUCCCCUGGGGACCCAUCCCUGACAUAGCCGGCCCCACUCACCUCCUCCCCAGCCUCCCCUGCUAGGCCUUCACCUCUCACUGGCGGCGUCCCCAUGGGUCGAGCCUAGGGG